AUGUCCAAAAAAGUGUUGCAUUUGAACGACUCGUCCGAUGAAGAGUCCAAUCAAUUGAAUCUGAACUCAGAUUUCGCCAAAAACUAUGACAUUUGGCGCCGAAAGGAAGAGAUCCAGAAAUUGAAAGACAAAUACGGAGACAAUUUGGACGUAUUGUCCGAUUCCGAUGACCAGUCGGACGACUCCCAGGCAUCCGAUGACUCCGACGACCAGUCGGACCAAUCCAUUGGUGACAAUCAACACGUCUUCGACGAGAACUUCUUUAAAGUCUAUUCGGCCCUCAAAUCCAGAAAUCCUAUCAUUUAUGACCAAAACGUUAAGUUCUUUAACGAAUCGCCGAUUGAAUCCCAAACUGAAGACAACUCUAAUGAAGUGAUUGACACCAAAACUAAAGAGAAGACAUUGUCUUUGAAAGAAUACCACAAGAAAUUGAUUAAAGAGAAGAAGGGAAUCACCGAAGAAGACGAACAGCAAACCAAUGGAUUUGAAGACAAACCGUUUGGUUAUUACGAAGAAUUGGAUCAAUUAAAAGACGAAUUGAAGUCUGCCCUCCAUUCCGAUGAAACCGACGAACAAUUAUUCAAAGGGAAGACACCAUCAGUUAGUGUCGACUCGAAGACUAAGUCUAUUGACUUCUUCAACGACGACGACAGCACUGAAGCCAACGAUACGGACAUAAAAUAUUUGAAGAAUUACUGGAAAAAUGACAAACAAUUGGAAGACAACGAAAAGUUCUUAAGGGAUUAUAUCGUCAAUAAAAGUUAUCUCAAUGUUAAUGACAGGGAUGUGUUUAGCAAAACAGAGUUUACGGGCAAUGAUGUCAAUGAAGACAGCGAUGACAACGAAGGCGAGGACAACGGUUUUGAGACAAUCGAUGACACGAAGAAAAAGGCCGAGAAUGAGGUGAAAGUGAGUCAAUUUCAUUUUGAAGAACCCAAUUCUGUGGCCAUUAAACGAUAUCCGAGAAGUGUUGAGACGAUUCGCGACACAACUAAUAGCGAAAAAAGGGCUCAAAAGAGGAGCGAAGCGAAGGAACGCAAGAAACGAGAGAAAGAGAGAGAACUGAAACGACUCCGAAAGCUGAAGAAAGAGGAGCUGAAAGAGCGUCUCAUUAAACUACAAGAGAUCAGCGGUAAUGAUAACUUGGAUUCAAAUGAUUUGGUCUUAAGUCAACUCUUGGACGACGAGAAUGACUUCGAUUCCGAGAAAUACGAUCAAAAAAUGGACGCUUUGUUUGGAGAUAAUUAUUACGAAACGGAAAACUCGGCCAAAAGUAAACCGAAGUUUGAAUUCAUGCCCGAAAUCGAUGACUACGAGUGUGCGGAGGAAGACGUCGAUAACAGCGCCGAAGUUGAGGAUAAUGCCAAAAAUAAACAUAAAUUAAAUAAAAAAGAGGAGAAAAAGCAAAAACGGAUUCACAAACAAAUGAAAGAAAUGGGUAUUUUCGAGGACUUAAUUGGAGGCGAUUUGGCCACACGUUAUAAGUACCGAACGGUUCCGUCUAAUGAUUUUGGUCUCACCGACGAAGAGAUCCUGUUUUCGGACGACAAAGAGCUGAACAAAUGGUGUUCUUUAAAGAAAAUGACUCAAUACAGAGAAGACAAUGAAGAGGUUUAUGACGUGAAAACCUAUGCAAAUAAGGCCUCAAACUUAGCCCUCAAACAAAAGAUACUGAAAAGUUAUUUUGAUAAACAAAAUGAUAAUCAAUUGAACGAAGAAAUGAGUAGUAAUGCCAACGGAAAGAAGACUCGGAAACGAAAGCACAAGAAACCGCAAUUUACCAUAGAAUUGAUGGACACUCACAAGAAUAGCACUUCUAAUGCCAAAGAAGUAAACAGCGAUAAUGUGGUCAAAAAGAGUAAUAAAUUAAAUAAAUCGAAAAAAUUUAAGCGAAAUAAUAAUAAAGAGAAAUCAAAUGCAAAUGAGAGCUCGUAUUCGGGCGUCAGUGUUGAUAGACUCAAAGCCUAUGGUUUAAGUAACAGAAAAAUUAAGAAAAUUAAUCAUAAGAAUAAAUAA